GGAUCGAUGGCGGUCAGACAGACUGGAACGAGGCCGGAAUCACUUACACCAGAGGACUCCGGCAGUCAGAGGCUGCUUUGAUGGAUCAGGAACUAUUUGCACUAGCCAGUGAACCAGUGAACAAUGAAACUGAAAGCAGGGUGGAGGAGCUGCUGGCCCACGGCGCCAGCCCCAACUCCUGCUGCGACGUCUUCGGGCAGUCUGUGCUGCAUGAGGCCGCGCGGCAUGACAACAUUGUCAUCACGGCAGCCCUGUUGAGGGCCGGCGCGCUCGUGGAUGCGCAGUCGUGGAGCGGGGAUGUGCCACUGCACACCGCUGCGCAGGAGGGCUCCCUUCGCGUGCUGCGAUUGCUUCUCGAAGCCAAGGCCAAUGUGAAUGCCAAGAACAGCUUGGGGGAGACACCCCUGCACCUGGCAAGCCUCUUUGGCCAUGCUGAGGUGGUGAGGCUGCUCCUGAAAUUUGGAGCAGACAGGACAGCAGUGUCAGAUGAGGGCAAGACGGCAUUGGACCUGGCCUGCAGCGGCGACUGCCCAGAUGGCGCAGAUCAAAUACCAGGGAUCCUUGAAUCGGUGCCCCAUGAGGCAUGCUACCGCCACCCCUACGUGGUUUCACUUCGAGACGACCUCAACAGGCACAUGUGCAUGGGCAUCCUGAUCGCCCCAACGUGGGUGUUGACCCCUGCACACUGUGUUGGACCUGAUUCGUUCCUGGGCCCUACCCCGCGGGUGGUCUUGGGCGGAUGCGAUCUGGAGGACGACCCCGAUGACAUCGAGAUCGUGGUGCCCAACUCCGCCAUCAUUUUUCCUGACUGGGACGGCAGCGUCUUCAAUGGGAAUGACAUCGCGCUGCUCGAGCUAACCGAAGCCUCGCGCUACCAGCCCGCCAUCCUCCCCCACUUCGAGUCCAACGUGACCGUCCACCGCCACCAAAACUUCGUGGUGCUGGGCUUCGAUGUGUCUGGCGACGGCUCGGUGGAUCUCAACCAGGACCUUGAGGCCCAGACCGUGGCCAACUCCCUCUGCGGCGCUCCCACGGCUUGGGGCGACUCGAUCAUCAAGGACAGCAUGGUUUGCGCGUUUGGCCUCGAAGACCAACAGCAGCGAUGCGGAGGCCGCAGCAGCGGGGCGCCUCUGUUGGCGGCAUUCGCACCAGAAGGGCACUUGGCGAGGGGCGUGCCUCAGGCGGACAUCUUGAUCGGAAUAUCAUCGUUCGGCGAUGAAGAGAGUGCGUGCGGAGAGUCCAACAUUCCGGGGGUCUACACCAGGAUCUCUUCAUUCCUGGAGUGGAUCAAACAAAGGGUAGACUCAAAUGGCGAACGGAGUCCGGAGGCGAGGGAGCGGCCGUCAAUCCUGGACGAGGAGCUUUUCAUAGCUGCGACGGACGGCGACCUCCCUGCCGUCAGGCGCCUGAUCGCCAAGGGCGCGGACGUGGACAUAACCCACACGCGCUUGGGCAACGCCCCCUUGCACGUUGCCGCCUGGCACGGCCACACCAAGGUGGCGGAGGCGCUGAUUGGCGCCGGCGCGAACGUGGACAGGGAGUCUGACAGGCAGGGCAUCACGCCACUGAUAAUGGCGUCCUGGAGGAACCACGAGGGGGUGGCGGCGGCGCUCAUCGCCGGUGGAGCGGACGUGGACAAGGCCGACGACACGCAGUUCACGCCCCUCCUCCAGGCGAGCCACCGGAAGCACCUGGGCAUCGUCCUGCAGCUGCUCAAGGCUGGCGCGGACAUCGAGCUGGGGACCACCGGCGGCGUCACCCCCCUCUAUCUCGCGUCGGUGAGCGGGUCAGUGCCUAUCGUCCGUGCCCUUUUGGGCGCAAAGGCGGACCCCAACAACGGCGAUUUUGACGAACACACCCCUCUCCAUGCGGUGGCCCGUCGCUUGGGGGUUGAAUUCGAGGAGGUGGCUUCGCUGCUGAUCGCUGCGGGGGCUGAUGUGAAUGCGCGAACCAUUAAUUCGGCCAUGGAGACGCCCCUGGCGGCCGCGGCGAUUUACGGAAACGUGGGUGUGGCCAAGGUGCUGCUGGACAGCGGGGCGGACCCAAAGAUGAAGGUGCACGGGGGGAAGAAGAUAGCGGGCUUGAUAUGCAUAUGCAAGGAGAGGCCCAAGCAGACGGGGAGGUGUGCCAAGGGGGCUUGCGGCGGGAAGGACGCGAAGGCGUUGAAAAAGCUGCUGAAAAAGAAGCGUUGA